CCUCCGAGGCUGGCUGUCUCUGUGGCUCCCUGUGAGUGAGUGAGAGUGUGCGUGUGUGUCGGUUUCGGGUACAGUCGCCAUUUAGCGCGGCGAGUUCCCCGGGGCUGGGAGAGGUGGCAGCGGGGAGGCCCAUCCCCCACUCCCCUCAGGAGCCGCGAGCGAAAGAAGGACGGGAAGCAGCUGAGGCGGACGGGCGGGACGAGCUCGUCUUCCCUUCUAAGAUUAUAAUAUUACGAAUUUCUGCCUCCUUCCCACACCCCGCCUCUCAGGCCAGCCACUCUCGCAGCGUGAGGCGCGCGGUGGCCUCCUCCUCCUCCGGGUGAGAGGAGCGAAAGAGGCAAGGAGGGGCGGCGACGGCGGCGGGAGUCCCGGCAUCGUGUGAGGGGAGGAAAGGCGACUCUCCGGCAGCGGCGGCGGCGGGGCCCUGAGCGGGCGGCUGGCUUUCUGACUGGACCUGACUCGAAGCAAGGAGCGGGCGGCGGGCGAGGCAGAGCGCGCGCGGCCCCGACAGGGAAGGGCCUCGGCCAGCCCCGCACCCCACCCCGUCGGCUCGGGGCCUGCCGUGGGCUCCCGCCCGGCGCCUUCUCCGCCUUUCUCCUGCGACCCUCCUCCCUCCUCAUCGGAUCCCUCCUCAUCUUCGCCGCUGCUUGCUGCUCCAUGUCGGCCCCGCUGCUCGGCCCCCCGCUGCAGCAGGAUGGAUGCGGACACUGACCGCCUGCCGCCGCCGGCCCAGCCCGCUCUGCUUCCACAGCAGCAGCAGCAACAGCCGUCGCCGCUGCUGCCUUUCCUCCUCGCGGUGAGGAGCCUCCGGGAGCCUCCACUGCCGCCGCCGCCGCUUUCGCAGCGAGGGCAGUUCCUCGGCGCGCUCCCCGCCUUGCAUUGACCCUCCUCGAGUCAGCUGCUGUUGCUGCUGCAGCGGCAGCUGCUGGUGCUGCUCCUGCCGCCGCGGCUCCCGCGCCUUCGCCGCGUUUCCCUCCUCCUCCGGCACCAUGUCGGGGGGCGCUUCGGAGACUCCCCGCUUUCUGGCUCCUCCGCCGCCUCCGCCCAAGAACGGCUGCAGCUCGGACAGCUCCGUUGGCGAGAAGCUGGGGGUCGCCGCCACCGCUACCGCCGCCACCGGGGACCCUGAAGCCUCGGAAGGCAGCGGGGCCCGCAUCGAGGAGUAUCGCCGACGCCGCCACACCAUGGACAAGGACAGCCGUGGCGCGGCCGCCACCGAGCACCGCUUUUUCCGCCGGAGUGUCAUUUGCGACUCGAAUGCGACCGCUCUGGAGCUUCCGCGGCUGCAGCCCGCGGCGCCUCCCCCUGCUGCAGCCGCCCGAGGGAGCAUCCCGCCCGUGUUGGGCUCGCCGCCGGAGUCUGUCAUCCAGGCAGCAUGUGCUUCUGUCACUGCUAGCCAGGCUCCCACGCUGCUCCUGCAGCAGGCACCCCCUCUGCCUCCACCCGCAGAGGGGCAGCCUGGUCAAGAGGCGCAGGUAACAAAGGACGUUGCCCCACUGCUGCUGUCUAAGGAGGAUGGAUUAGAGGCCACCCCACUGCCCCCUACCAGUACAGCGGGAAUCACUGCCGUUUCUGCCCGGGAUCUGCAAGAAGAGCGGACUAAACAGCAGGAAGAUAUUGAGGAGCUGGAGACCAAAGCUGUGGCCUUCUCCCCAGAUGGCCGUUUUCUUAAGUUUGACAUCGAAAUUGGUAGAGGCUCCUUCAAAACUGUCUACAAGGGGCUGGACACGGAGACCACAGUGGAGGUUGCUUGGUGUGAGCUUCAGGAUCGGAAGCUGUCCAAAUCAGAGAGGCAACGAUUUAAGGAGGAGGCUGAAAUGUUGAAAGGGCUUCAACAUCCUAACAUUGUUAGGUUCUAUGAUUCCUGGGAGUCUACUGUCAAGGGAAAGAAGUGUAUUGUUCUGGUUACAGAGCUUAUGACAUCUGGCACAUUGAAAACGUACUUAAAAAGGUUUAAAGUGAUGAAAAUCAAAGUACUGCGGAGCUGGUGCCGGCAAAUACUGAAGGGUUUGCAGUUCUUGCACACACGCACUCCUCCCAUUAUCCACCGUGACUUGAAGUGUGACAACAUCUUUAUUACUGGCCCCACAGGAUCAGUCAAGAUAGGAGACUUGGGUCUGGCAACCUUGAAGCGGGCUUCCUUUGCCAAGAGUGUGAUAGGUACCCCAGAGUUCAUGGCACCCGAGAUGUAUGAGGAGAAAUACGAUGAAUCCGUUGAUGUAUAUGCUUUUGGGAUGUGUAUGCUUGAGAUGGCUACGUCUGAAUAUCCUUAUUCUGAGUGUCAAAACGCUGCACAGAUCUACCGUCGAGUGACCAGCGGAGUCAAACCAGCAAGCUUUGAUAAAGUAGCAAUUCCUGAAGUAAAGGAAAUAAUUGAGGGAUGCAUUCGUCAAAACAAAGAUGAAAGGUAUGCUAUCAAGGACCUUCUGAAUCAUGCAUUCUUCCAGGAAGAAACUGGUGUGCGGGUAGAGCUAGCAGAAGAAGAUGACGGAGAGAAAAUUGCCAUCAAGCUCUGGUUACGAAUUGAAGACAUUAAAAAACUUAAGGGCAAAUAUAAGGAUAAUGAAGCGAUUGAAUUUUCUUUCGACUUGGAAAGAGAUGUCCCAGAAGAUGUAGCACAAGAAAUGGUUGAGUCUGGGUAUGUCUGUGAAGGGGAUCACAAGACAAUGGCCAAAGCUAUAAAGGAUAGAGUGUCCUUGAUCAAGCGAAAGAGGGAACAGCGUCAGUUGGUGAGAGAAGAACAGGAAAAAAGAAAGCAAGAAGAAGUCAGUCAGAAACAGCAGACAGAGCAGCAGUUACAAGCGGGCACUACCCAGCAAGGAACUAAACAUGCUGCACCUGCCACUGGUGUCACUGCCAUCCCUGCUGCUUCAGCUUCGGUUUCUACACAAGUGGAGCCUGAGGAGCCAGAAGCCGAUCAACAUCAACAGCAACAGCUGCAGUAUCAUCAACCUAGCAUUUCCGUAUUGUCUGAUGGCACCGUUGAUAGUGGACAAGGAUCAUCUGUCUUUACCGAAUCAUGUGUGAGCAGCCAACAGACAGCUUCUUAUGGUUCCCAGCAUGAACAGUCUAUCCCAACAGUUCAACCCCCAGGAUAUGUAGCUCCUAUUGGCCAGCCACAAUCACAACAACCUGGAGGAUAUCAGACGUCUGGAGUGCCUCGACGUGGCUGUAGCAUGUCGGUUUGUCCUUCCCCUCUUUCUUUCCCUCCGCUGUCCCAAAUCCCUCUCAGUGCUCCUUCUACUCCACCAUCAGUGUUAUGUGCACCUCUUUCUCCUUCUUACCUUCGGACUGCCCCUGAGGAAACUUUUGGUGAAAAGCUUUCCAAAGCCUUGGAGAAUGUCCUGCCCAUGCACACCGCCUCUCCACGCAGCAACCGGCGUUCCAGCCUGCCUUCCCUCUUUCUCAACCCUCCUCAAUCCAUGGUGCAUCCGUGUGGGGGAACCCCAACGUUCCCAGAUUCCCAAGUAUUUUUUCCAACCGUUCAUGAACGGCCAGUGUCUUUCUCGCCACCACCCAUCUGCCCUUCACGGGUAGCCAUUUGUCAGCGACGCAAGAGCACUUCCAUCCUUGAAGCCCAAACCUGCCACUUCCAGCCCUUGCUCAAGACUGGUCAGAGUUUUGUUCUCCCUGGUGGUAGUCCAGCAACUUGGACACCAGAGGGACUGGUGACAAUGAGCAGCACAGCUGGGGAGCAUAUGCAGGCUAACCCUGGUUUUGACUCUGCUCAAGGGUUGAGUGAUUACAGAUCUGGACAAGCGCCUUCAAAGGAUGCUACAAGCAUGUUGACUCAAGAAGCAAUGUAUUUAGUGGGCAUGCACUACCAGUCCCAGUUGCCAGAACACUAUGAUACAGUACCCCAGAAUCCCCAGGGGACUGAGCAACGCUUACAGCAGGCUCCUGAACAGAGAAAUUUGCAAGGUGGCCCCACACAGAGUUCUACUUUUGAAUAUCAAACUGGGCAGCCAUUUCUGGCAAGACAGAUUCAGAACUUGAGACUGGAUUCUGGAAUGAAUCCACCAUCACCAUUGUCUAGUAUGUCAGCACCACUGAGUGCAGAUGCCACACAAAUGAAUUUUCAUCCAGUAUUUGUUCCACAUUCUGCACCUGCCAUACUCACUCACAGUGGAGACGGUCGAGCAAGUUGUGUGUUUGAGUUCCAUGUUCAAGCACCCAGUGCGACUGCAGGAGAUGGUGCUGUCCUCUCUCAGCGCAUUUAUAGAAAUCGUCGAGGCUCCACAGAUUUUAACCAGGAGGAGUCCCCUCAGACAACCGCACAGCCUGGUCGUCUUCAGCCUGUAACGGAAGAGCAGUGCAGCUACCUAGGUUCCGACUUCAUGGUGCCUAGAGGCAGUUCUGUCUUACAGAGCUGGCCAGAAGGUAGCCCAGGAUACUCCAGUGAUUCAUCACAGUUGACUUCCUCAGACACUAGUGACUUUCUUUCUCCUCCUCCCACUGGGGUAUCUGCAUCGUAUGGUUCAGGCUUGCCUCUGCCUGCUGCCCAGCUGACUCAGAAGGCAUUUCAGGAUUCACAGAUCAUCUUCCACUUCCCACAGGGAACUUCAUCUCAACAGGCUUUCUCGGCACUGGCUUCAUCAGGACCAUCUACACUCUAUCCUCAGGCGCAGAUGAAAGGGCAGCCAGCCUCAAAUGCUUCAUCGGUUGGCACAUCGUCCCAGCUAAUGCAGCCAAAUCAACAGAGCACCCAGCCACCAGCCUCUUCACAACAGACUGGGCAAUACCAAGUUCAGCAGCCUUCAGUUUCCAGUGGAGCUGCUCCAUCACAGCCAGUUACACAGCAAGCACAAAUAAUGUCCGUGCCUCAGGUAGCAGCUGGGACACAGCUUCCUGUUUCCCAGCCAGUGCCGAUCAUCCAAGGUGAAACACAGUUACCUAUGGCAGUGCCUUCCCUUCCUCAGCCUUCAGUUGCCCCUGUAAUGCCCAUUGGCUCUCAUUUUCUCCCUAUGGGCCCACCCUUACAGACUCCCCUUCAUCCACAGUUCUCAGUUUCUCAGAUGCCCAUAGCAACACCUCAUGUGUCAGUGGCUCAGCCUGGUUUCCCAACUCUACCCAUCUCCAUGGCAGCUGGUGUUAGCCAGCCAUUGCUUACUUUGGCUACAUCUGCUGCAGCAGCUGCUAUUCCUGUGGGUUCAACUGUUGUCCCUAGCCAGCUUCCAACUCUUCUGCAGCCCGUGGCGCAGCUGUCCGGCCAGGUUCUCCCACAGCUUCUACAGCCAUCUGUUCAGCCCAUGGGAUUGCCAGCCACACUUGGACAAACUGCUGAAGUACCACUUCCACCUACAGAUGCUGUGUACCAGGGCUUCCCACCUCGGCUACCAGCACAAUAUACUGGAGACUCAAACAUUGCUUCUUCUGUGGCCUCUGCUUGCCUCCCUUCUUCAGUACUAUCCCCUCCCUUACCCACAGAUGUACUGGCUCAGCCAGGCUAUCUUGCUGCAAUGGUGCAGCCUUAUGUGGAGCAGAAUGUUUUAGUUUCUUUGGGCAGUCUAGGCGGACAGGUUCAAGUGCCACAGCCUGCUUCCUGUUUAGCACAGCAGGUCUCAUCUUCAGCCUCCCAGCAGACAGCAUUAGAGCAGAAUGUGAUGCCAAUGUGGAGACCUUGUUGCCCCUGGCUAUGCUGUUGGGAAAGUACUUCUGGAGUUACUCAAACAGCACCUGCAGAGACUCAACCACCAGUACAGCAGCAGCAGCAGCCGCCGCCACCUUCUCAACCAACCCCCUUGGUUUCCUCAAUAGAUAGUGCACAUUCAGAUGUUGCUUCAGGCUUAAGUGACUGCAAUGAAAGUGUUCCAGCAUCUAGUGGUAGACAUGAAGGGAGGACUACGAAACGGCAUUAUCGGAAGUCAGUGCGCAGCCGCUCUCGGCAUGAGAAAACUACACGUCCCAAACUGAGAAUUCUUAAUGUUUCAAAUAAAGGAGACCGUGUUGUGGAAUGCCAGUUAGAAACGCACAAUAGAAAAAUGGUUACUUUCAAAUUCGACUUGGAUGGUGACAAUCCAGAGGAAAUAGCCUCUAUCAUGGUGCAAAAUGAAUUCAUCUUGGCAAUGGAGAGAGAUUCAUUUGUAGAGCAGGUGCGUGACAUAAUAGAAAAGGCAGAUGAAAUGCUCAGCGAGGAUGCAAGUGGGGAACCAGAAGGAGACCAGAGCAUGGACAGUAUACAUAACCAGAAAUUGGAUGGAGACUUCAAACAGCCAGAUCCUGUGUCUUCCAUGCCACAAAGAAUAGGUGUUCCUCCUAAUUCAUUGACUCAGGUUGUCCAUUCUGCUGGAAGACGGUUUAUUGUCAGCCCUGUACCCGAAAGUAGGUUACGAGAACAGAAAUUUUUCACUUCUAUCCCAUCAGAAAGUGAGCUGCUUGAUAUAGUUGCUGCUUCUCCAUCUCAUGGUCCUGGAAUGAAUCUCUCUCACUCUGCAUCUUCACUCAGUCUGCAACAAGCUUUCUCCGAGCUCAAGCAUGCUCAUAUGACAGAAGGACCAAGCACAGCCCCCCCAGUUUUUAACCAGGCUGUGCCACCUUUUCCAUGCCUAAGUUCAAGUAUGAAUGGGGGGCUGCCAUCAACAUUGGUGCCUGCUCCUUCUGCCUCAGUUCCUUCUACCACUGGUGUUUCUUUACCAUCAACUCAGUCAACAGAAAAAGUGACAGCAGGGCUUCCGUCAGGUGAAGAAUUGCCAGGCUCCAGCUCUCCACCACCAGGGUUGCAGUCACAGUCAAUUAGCGGAGUGCCUUCCAGUGUCAGUGCACCUUCUUCUUUGUCCACAACUGCAUCCCAGGCGGCUUCUGCUGUUGGGGAAAUUGUUCCCAGUGUUAGCACCCCUGCUUCUUUAACAUUGCCACAAGCCGGAGCAACAAGGCUUAGCAUUACACUAUCGGGAGUUGUGGCACCACCUGCGACAUCUCAACAGGUUGGUGCUGGCAGUGCUGCCCCGGCCAUUUCUCAAACAUCGGUCCCUGUGUCUUCGGCACAGAGCAUGGUUUCUCAGUCUUCUCAGUUGAACACCAGCGGCUCUGUACCCAGCCUAGCUGAAAUGGUGGUAGUUAGUGUGCUGCAGCCAAGGUCAAAAACCGAACAGUCACCGGAAAAACCACAGCAAGUCAGCGGAGGUGGACUGCCCGUGCCUGUUUCUGUACCUAUAUCUUCUGCAGUAGCAUCAAGCAUAUCUAGCUCCAUCUCACAGCCACUACCUAUCCCACCCACAGUUACCUCAUCUAGCUUAGGCGCGGCAGCAGGUGCCGUCUCUGCCCCAGUAUUACCUGGCAUUCUGCCAUUGGCACAACCAGUAACGAAUGUCCCUGCAGUCCAGCAGACUUUAAUACAUAGUCAGCCUCAACCAGCUCCAUUAGCCAAUCAACCUCAUACUCACUGCCUGGAAGGGGAUGUUGACAGUCAACCCAAAGCACCCGGCAUAGAUGACAUAAAGACUUUGGAAGAAAAGCUCCGGUCUCUUUUCAGUGAGCAUGGUGGUGUUGGAGCAGCUCACCCAUCGGUAUCCCUGGAGACAUCACUGGUGGUGGAGACUACAGUUAUGCCUGGCUUGCCAACCACUGCUGUUGCACCCACAAAACCUGCAGCACCUGUUGCAAGUACCAGUAUACCACCAGCCAGUUUGAUUCUUGGUCCAACAGGCUUACCUCUUGCGACUCCAGUAGCCACACCUGGGCAAGCAGGCACUCCAGUCAGUUGUGUUACUACUACAACAUGCAGUACACCAUCAGCAACAGCCAAAUCAGGGACACCUCCUUCAAAGCCACCUCUUAGCAGGGCACCGGGGCCACUGGUAGGUUCUGAACUUCCAGCUGGCACUCCAGCCAGUGAGCAGCUGCCACCCUUUCCAGGACCUACACUAACUCAGUCCCAGCAACCUCUGGAAGACUUGGAUGCCCAGUUGAGAAGAGCCUUGAGUCCAGAAAAUGUUCCAACAACAUCAGCUCCUGCCGGUCCUCUGCCAUCGGUGGCUUCUACAACAGUUACUGGAAUGGCAUCUGCACCAGAACAGCCUACAAAUACUGAUUCUCAGGAUGCAGGAAGCUGUUCCACAACUACCACCUCAGGAGUUGCAGUUCUUAAGAUGGGUCGUUUUCAGGUGUCAGUAGCUGUGGAUGAGCAGAAAGAGAGUGGAAGUAAGCCCAUAGACUUUGACACAAGCAGCUCAGAUUCCUCAUCUUUGUCUAGCAGCAGCAGCCCUGAGAGUACUCUGGUGAAGCCAACCUCCAGUGAGAUAGCCGAGGCCAUUGCUGUUACCUCUGUGGAUGUGGUGGAUGGAGUUUUCUCACACACUUCCACCGCCCAUUUGCAGCCAACCAAGGUUGGACGUUUCCAGGUGACAACAACAGCAACAGACCAAGUGGGCCGGUUUUCUGUGUCCAAAACUCAAGAUGAGGUGACCUGUGUUGAGAGAGAGGUCCCUGCAAUAGUCCCUCUGACUGUAAACUCUGAGCACAUUUCUUCUCCCAUCACAACUCCUAAACCUGGGCUUAUAGGGAGAAGGCAUUCUCUGCACCUGAAUGGGCCAUCGUCUGAGCUGGAAGCUGCCUUCCUGAGUGGUGCAGCUAAGGAGCGAGAUGAUGGCUCAAGGAGUCCAGACUCUCUCCAUCCACCUGGGUCAAAGAUCAGUCUUCCAGUUCAGAGCCUUAGCAACUCAUUCAACUCUUCCUACAUGAGCAGUGAUAAUGAGUCGGACAUAGAAGAUGAAGACUUGAAGUGCGAGUUGCGCCAAUUGCGAGAGAAGCACCUUAAAGAGAUCCAAGAGCUUCAAAGUCGCCAAAAGAUGGAGAUUGAACUGCUUUACACGAAACUGGGCAAAGUACCUCCAGCAGUAAUCAUCCCUCCUGCUGCUCCUCUGUCAGGCAGGCGAAGAAGACCCACUAAAGGAAAAGGCAGCAGAUCCAGCCGCAGCAGCUCCCAGGGUAACAAGAGCCCUCAAAUUUUGGGCAAUCUGUCUGCUCAGAGUGCACCUUCGGUCUUGCCCCAACAGCAGACCCUCCACCCUCCUGGCACUGUCCAAGAGACAGGACAGAACCAUCUGUUACAGCCUCUGAAACCAUCUCCUUCUAGUGAGAACCUCUACUCUGCCUUUACUAGUGAUGGUGCCAUUUCUGCGCCAUGCCAAGGGUGUGUGAAGUUUAACUGUGCAUCUGAGCGGGUGACAUUCAAGCCUGGUGGCAGGAGGACCCGAUUUCUGAGUACGCCCUGCUUGGCUCUUUGGAAGAUGGUGAAAAAAGUCUGCCCUUGCAACCAGCUCUGUAGGACCAGCAGUACAAACACUGUUGCGGGUACAGUGAACAGCCAGGCACCUCAGUCUCAGCCUCCUGCCUCAAGUCGAAAAGGGACCUUUACGGAUGACCUGCACAAGCUAGUAGACAACUGGGCUCGUGACGCCAUGAGCCUCUCUGGCAAGAAAGGAGGCAAGGGGCAUGGCAAUUAUGAGGGCCCAGGAAUGGCAAGGAAGUUCUCUGCACCAGGUCAGCUCUGCAUCUCGAUGACGUCCUCCCUCGGUGCUACACCCAUCUCUGCUGCGUCAGCUACCUCCCUAGGUCACUUCACAAAGGCCAUGUGCCCCCCUCAGCCAUACGGUUACCCAGCAGUGCCCUUUGUAGCUCCCUGGAGCGGGACAGGUGGUCCAGCACAGCAGCCUUUAGGCCAGUUCCAGCCUGUAGGUGCCACCUCAUUGCAAAGCUUCAACAUCAGCAACUUGCAGAAAUCCAUCAGCAACCCCCCUGGCUCUAAUCUGCGGACCACUUAAUGAGACCCAGGCAUGCUGCUGGGUAGACUUGAGGGGGGAGAUGGGGCCCUGAAACAACCACUAGGCUGCAGUGAACUGGCUAUUAGCGCCCAAAGGGGUGGUGGUGAACUUCCUCCUCUAACCAUUGCUCUCUGCUCUCCGUAAGAAAAGCCCUCCAUUUGAAUAUGGGGAGAAGAGUGAUCAGGAUCUUCCACGAUGGGACAUGCUUCCUCUCGUCUGUGGCAAGUGUGUAAAGAUGAAAGCUACCACACAAGCCAAGGGCUUUGUGCUGUAAAAUUCAUUUGGCUUAAGAUACUGAAUCUACUGGGUUGAGAUGGGAGAAUUGUUGUUAGUUUUAGCAUGAAUCUUUAGUAUGCCAUUUGUAUUGCUCUGAGGAAAUAAGCCGGGGGGGGGGGGGAGCUGUCCAUUAUUUCCAUGUCUCUUCCUUCCGUCAGACCAUCACACCGAAGUUCCUGAGCUGAUGGGGCACACAAGUGGACUUGCAGAACAGCCCAUGCUUUGACAUAGGUCAUUACUGCUUUAAGUAAAAGAUAUUAACAGCUUUGACUGCAGCAUUAGAGCAAUUUAAAUUGUUUAGAAGACAAAUUUUUUAAAAAGUUCCCUGCGGACAUGUACUUACCAUCAGUUUUGAUGUGGAAACACUGUGAUAUAUAAAUGUUGUUGGACAACAGUAGUUUAAAAAAAAAUGAGUGGCGUAUAGAGGGUUAAACAGUUAAAAAGGAAAAAAAAUGGGGGAAAAGCUAGCUAUAUCCUGAUACUUAUUGGAGACACUUUAACUUUUUUCCUUUGUAUUUUCAUUGUAUUAGAUAAAUGUGAAUGUAUAAUUGUAUAAAUUAAUGUACUUGAAUACUUGUCUGUUCUCCCAGUAUGCUUGCUGGAUAUUUUAGUGCCUUGGACUUUUAUUGCUUCUACAGUUAGCAUCACCUUCCCAGCAGACUUUAGCCAGGCAGAGGGAGGUUACUUGGAUAUAGUCACUGGAAUACCAAAGGCAUAACACAUUGGAUGCUUAUACUGUAAUAGUGUCGAGAGUAGGUGUUGGAGGGGGAGCUAUUGCAGCUUCUGUGUCAGAAGAGUAAAGCUAUGGAGUGGUGGGGGAAACUGAUGUGGCUGAUGCAGCAGCAGUAGUGAGGGAUUUAUGCGGAGGUGCUGAAGAGAAUGAACACAGUGACCAGAGUAGAAGCUGGGUUGUUGAGAAUAGGGGAAGUGGGGAGAAAGAGGGACAUCUUUGAAGGGGUAAGCACCUACGGGUGGGUUGACUUUUAAGCUAUAAAGGUUUUUUUUUAGUAACGGUAAUGUAUGUUAAGGGAUAGGAGCUAUCACUCUGGAGAGGGAGGAUGUUUGCUGGGAUUUGGCUCCUCCCCUGCCCUGCCUGUCAAUCCAGUCCUGAAAGGCCAGGAACACAUCUUCCUGGUGCAGCAUCCAUUGCUAAGGAUGGAUACACUUGAAACAGCCAGCAUCAAAAAGAACUUUUUCUUUCUAUGUCUAAAGGACUUAAAACUGGUACCAAGACUGUAACUAACUGUGUUGCCUUUUAGUAGGUGUACUAUAUCUCCUACUUGCCUUCCUCUUUCUAACUUAAAAUACUGGUUCCCCGAUCAAAUGAAAUAACUGCAACCAACUAGUAUUACUUUGCAUUGCAGCAGCAGGCUGUGAAGUCAAAGUACUUCUGCUUUGGACUUGGAAGCAGCUUUACUGCUUGGUCUGGAAGUCUGUUUUCUCUUUCCCCACCCCCGGAAGUCCUCUAAAGUUAGCAAGGACAUUUGUUCUUUCUGUAUUUCUUUCACUCUUCCCUCAAACAUAUGCACAAGUCUUUCUUUCUUUUCUUCCCUUCGCCUCAAGUUGAAGUUUACAGUGGUUUUGUCAGGCAGUGGUAGGAUUUGGACCCAGUGGCUGAAAACAAAAGACUUAAGUCUAGGUGGCUGGGAUUCAACAACUUUUCAGACGUAAAAAAAAAAAAAAGUCCUCACAGGUGUGAUGGGAAAUUCAAGGUGAGGUUGAUGUGCAGAAAGCAGAAGGAGCAAUGGAUGAAAAGAUGCCACCGAAUGUUAGAGGAUCUAGUCAGCUGAGUGUUGCACAAGGGUAGUAUUUUGGUUUAAUAUGUUUGAGGUCGAGUUUUCACUUAGUUAUGCAAGUACUGGUUUUAUUUACCAUUGAUUUCCCUCCUGUGGAUGAAAUAACUGAGGUCUAGAGGAAUUAACUAAUGCUACUGAACUGUUAAAUUAUUUUGUGUUAUUACACUUUGAAUACCUUUUUCCACAAGAUCUGUUUCUGAAUUACAGAUGUUUUCUUUACAUUAUUUAACAAUGUACACUGUAAAAAAAUAAAAUAAAAUGAAUUCAAACCUUGGGCUUCCCUGGCCGUAGUUAAUGGUAUGUUUUGCACUAAAUCCAGGCAUUGCGCUUCCUGUAUGAUUGCGCUUUGUGCUGCAGUUUGUUACCUUCUUUGUAGAUAUUUAAUGAAAUCAUUCAAAUAAACCAAACCUGCUUUUGUUGA